AUGAGCUCCAGCUCGGCCACCGCGGUGCCUGGCUCCAGGAAAGAGUCUCCAGGGAAUUGGAGCCUAGGGGAGGACCCCGCAGGCGCCGGCCCCCUGCUCCAGUGCCGCGUGUGCGGGGACAGCAGCAGCGGGAAGCACUAUGGCAUCUAUGCCUGCAAUGGCUGCAGCGGCUUCUUCAAGAGGAGCGUGCGGCGGAGGCUCGUGUACAGGUGUCAGGUGGGGGCGGGCAUGUGCCCCGUGGACAAGGCCCACCGCAACCAGUGCCAGGCCUGCCGGCUGAAGAAGUGCCUGCAGGCGGGCAUGAACCAGGACGCCGUGCAGAACGAGCGCCAGCCGCGCAGCCUGGCCCAGGCCCUGGACGGCGCGGACGCCCGGCCCGCGCCCCUGGCGGCCUCCCCGCCCCUCGCAGGGCCCGGGCCGCGGGGCGCCCUGGGCCAGCGCUUCCUGGCCGGCCUGGUCGCCGCGGAGACCUGCGCCAAGCUGGAGCCCGAGGAUGCUGAGGAGAACAUCGACGUCACCAGCAACGACCCCGAGCUCCGCUCGUCCCCCUGCGGCCUGGACGGCAUCCACGAGGCGUCGGCUCGCCUGCUCUUCAUGGCCGUCAAGUGGGCGAAGAGCCUGCCCGUGUUCUCCCAUCUGCCCUUCCGGGACCAGGUGAUUCUGCUGGAAGAGGCGUGGAGUGAGCUCUUCCUCCUGGGGGCCAUUCAGUGGUCUCUGCCCCUGGACAGCUGCCCACUGCUGGCCCCUCCUGAGGCCCCUGGGGCUGGUGGUUCUCAGAGCCGGGUGGCAUUGGCCAGUGCCGAGAUGCGCUUCCUGCAAGAGACCAUUGCCCGCUUCCGGGCCCUGGCUGUGGACCCCACAGAGUUCGCCUGCAUGAAGGCCCUGGUCCUCUUCAAGCCAGAGACCCGAGGCCUGAAGGAUCCAGAGAAUGUGGAGGCCUUGCAGGACCAGUCCCAGGUGAUGCUGAGCCAGCACAGCAAGGCGUGUCACCCCAGCCAGCCCGUGAGGUUUGGGAAAUUGCUCCUCCUGCUCCCGUCUUUGAGGUUUAUCACUUCUGAGCGCAUCGAGCUCCUCUUCUUCCGCAAGACCAUUGGGAAUACGCCCAUGGAGAAGCUACUCUGUGACAUGUUCAAAAACUAGUGGAAGCCAGGCGCCAGUGUUCAUGGCUGUAAUCCCAGAGACGCAG